AUGGCAACAGUGUCAACUUCAACACCCACCUCAAAUGGAGAAACUAGAACUUCUGACCAAAACAGUGAAACAACACCAACAGGUACCAGCACAACUCAUGUCCCGUUAAGUACCCGGGAAACAUCUACAACAAUUGAAACAACACCAACAGUUACCAGCACAACUCAUCUCCCGUUAAGUACCCGGGAAACAUCUACAACAAUGUCCUCAUCGACAGUGCAACAAUCUACAUCUAGUCCGACAGUGACACCCACAGGGAAAAUGGCAACAGUGUCAACCUCAACACCCACCUCAAAUGGAGAAACAAGAACUACCAAGACUGAUCAAUUCACAACAACAAUCAAUUCCAGCACAACUACAGAUGUCUCACCAAGUUUACCCUCUACAUUCCCUCCACUAACUACUCAUUUCACACAAACAUCUUCUGACCAAAACGAUGAAACAACACCAACAGCACCAACAGGUACCAGCACCACUCAUCUCCCGUUAAGUAGCCAAGGAACAUCUACAACAAUGUCCUCAUCGACAGAGAAACAAUCUACAUCUAUUCCGACAGUGACACCCACAGGGAAAAUGGCAACAGUGUACCAGAACAACUCAUCUCCUGUUAAGUACCCGGGAAACAUCUACAACAAUGUCCUCAUCGUCCGAGCAACAAUCUACAUCUAUUCCGACAGUGACACCCACAGGGAAAAUGGCAACAGUGUCAACCUCAACACCCACCUCAAAUGGAGAAACAAGAACUACCAAGACUGA